UCGCGACAGUAAACAACGGGCAGUAUCGUGAAAUUGGAGUUUUAUAGGUGUCGACGUUACAGCCGCGCAUUGCAACGUUAUCCGGCAGCAGCGUUGGAGCAAAUGCUUCGAAUGGAAUUGGUGGACAAUCUUAUACCCGCUACUCCUGGUGUCUCCAAAGGUCCGGGCUCUCUCAUCUGAGGGAAAAACGCGAACAAAGGGGCUGCCUGAAAAUCUUCACAUCUCCCUCGCGGACAGAUAUCAAGUGGCAUUAAUGGCAUCUUGGCGACAAUAUAAUGGGAUCUUACCUAUUCGCCGGAAUAUAGGGCCGCUAUUAUUUUCAUAAUUUCGUAUAUAAGGAACGGACGGUUAGAGGCGAGCCCUCAGUGCACGGUGAUGACUUGUGUGAGACGUGUCCUGGGAAGGAUGAAACUUCUUAUUCUUUGUGUAAUGAUCUACGGUUUGUCGGCGGAAGGCACGGAGGAAGUCUUGUCGAUCGGCCGGUGGAAGGAGCAGGUUAUUGCGCCGGAGUUUCUGCUGGACGAUCGCGAGGAUGUCUCCGAGGGCAACCGAAACGCAUUCCUUUACGAGGCUAAGCACAACUUCCGUCCCAAGGGAGGACUCGGAGAGGUCAAACGAAUCACCGGCACCGAGGACGUCAGCCUGCAGCCGCGUCUCGCAACGAGAUCUCUGCCAUGCAUCUGCGAAACGCAGUACGAAAUAAGGGACCUGGGCGAGGGACAUUAUCCGAGAUACCUAAGCGCGUCGAGCUGCAAACCGAAAGCCUGCCUGGGCAAGUUCAAUCCCUGCCGACUGCUGCACUACAUGGUUCACGUAUUGAGCCAACGUGAUUUGAGCGAGUUAAGCGAUGGCCCUUAUUCGGAUGACAGUGAACUUCAGGAAGCACCACUUCCGGAAACUCUCAGUCACAAGUGGCAAUUGAAGCCGAUGAAAAUCCCGGUUGCGUGUGUAUUAGCAACAUAAUAGAAGAAAAUAAUAUAUGACCAACUCGGACGUGUCAGACAGGUAGAGAAGAUAGAAUCUAGCGGCUACCAUCGAUCGCGCUUGAGGGUCGAUAAGUAUUUAGGCGAAUAGAUACAGUGCAGUAUAUUGAAUUUUACGCUUCUGCUUGCAAUACGUACCACGGCAAAAUGCCAAAUGUAAAAGUGAUGAAUAAAUAACUGCAGACUGUGAA